UGACGCCCACAGCUCCACAAUGACAUCACCAGGUCUAAAAAGAAGCGCAAGAGGGAGCUGGGAGGCACCCCACUUAUUAGAUUUCCUCGCAAGGUCCUGUUCACAAGUGAGGGUGCUGCUGCGCCUCUGUGAGGGAGCCUGUGAUGUGCGCAGGAGGAGCGGCUGUAUCUUUGCAUCCUGAUGAAGUUCUGAAAAUACAAAGAACCACGGAAAGAGGAAACAUCUCCUGAGACUCACACACAGAAGCUGCUCUUUGGGAAUAGACUCACUGCUGAACAAACAACGCGUUUUGACUUCAUAUCUGGCUUCACGCGCAAAGCUGGAGAGACUGAGGUUAACUCUGUGCUUUCUCUUAUUCGAUUGACUCGAAACGCUGCCAUCGCAUGGAAACAUUUGUAUAUUUUUAUUAACAAAUCCGUAUAAAUAUUGCACUGUACAUUUAUUUCACUUUAUCUAAACCUCUCCGUGAUCGCCGUACAGAUGAGACUCCUAAUCAAACGCGCGUCUCCAAACGAGGACGCACGGAGAUCGAACAGGGAUUAUUUUCUCUCGUCUGGUCCCUUGUUGUCACUUCGUUAUAAAUGACACCAAAUUACAUUAUUAAAAAAAAUACGAUCUUAAAAACGGUAAAAGAUUAAAGCAUUAAACUUCGUGUGCUAUAGAAGUUUUAGUUUUCGGGCUUUGUUUAUACUUUGGAAAGGUUGGGGGUUGGUGAACAGCAGUCAGCGUCACGAAAAAUACCUCCGUUUUUGGGGGGGUUAAAAACUGCUCGACAUAGUGGCAAAUCUCGUAUUCAUUUAAAGCAGUGGUCCGUGUCCUGACGCAUUGCCCAGGACUGUUUUGUAUGCUUAAAAUGGACCUGGCUGAGCUGCCGUGGAGGAUGCAAGGGAGCUAUCGUUUGGACACUGCUCAGGGACAAAACGAGAGAAACUGAGGACUAUUUGAAAGCUAAUCCCAGCAUGGCAUUGGUUCCGGAGAACGGCUGCUCCAUGGAGCUGAGCGGCUGGAACAGCAGCGUGAGCGGUGCCGGAGCCUCCGUGCCCUGCAACCAGAGCAUCCUGAAGCCCGCCCCUUACUCCCCUGAAGCCACAGCGGUAUUCGCCACCGCCAUCACCCUAAUGGUCGUCUUCACUAUCGUGGGCAACAUCAUGGUCAUCAUCGCGGUGCUGACCAGCCGGUCCCUCCGAGGACCCCAGAAUCUGUUCCUAGUGUCACUGGCUGCUGCAGACAUUUUAGUGGCCACACUUAUCAUUCCCUUUUCUCUGGCCAAUGAACUGCUUGGCUAUUGGUACUUCAAGUCACUGUGGUGUGAGAUCUACUUGGCACUGGAUGUGUUGUUCUGCACCUCCUCCAUUGUUCACCUGUGUGCCAUCUCCCUGGACCGCUAUCUGUCCAUCUCCAGGGUCACAUACGGGCGCCAGCGCACCCCCAAGCGCAUCAAAGCCGCUAUUGUGGUGGUGUGGCUCAUCUCUGCCAUCAUCUCCUUUCCUCCCCUGCUGUCACUGAACAAACGUGAGGCAGGAGAGGAGGGGACUGAGAGAGGACCCCAGUGCCAGCUAAAUGAUGAGCGCUGGUACAUCCUUUACUCAACCAUUGGCUCCUUCUUUGCUCCAUGCCUCAUCAUGAUCCUGGUCUAUGUAAGAAUCUACCAAAUUGCCAAACAGAGAACACGUUGCCCCCCGGGAGAGCCCAGGAAGGAUGGGGUCGGCUGUGCCACACCAGGUCAGACUCCACGACAUAUCCAGGCCAACGGGAAGGAUGAUGAAGAAAGCACACCGCCUUCAUCCAACAAAACCUCUCGUGCCAGACCCCCCACCCUCGCCAUCACCCCGUCCCCCUCCUCAGGAGACACUCAAACCCCCCUAAAUCCCACUUCCAAUAAUCUCCUGCAACCUCCAUCCCCUUCUCUAGCCAUGACCCCUGUCACAACCUCCCUUGAGACCUCUCCUCGUGGCCCCUUAACUCCCCCCUCUGUGCCCGCCUCUGCCAACACUAAAGAGAAGGGGAAGAAGGGCAAGAAGCAGGCAGGGAAAAAAGCUGACAAUAACAAUGGUGACAGCUCGAGCACAGAGAGCGACAUGGAGCACAGCCAUGGAGGAGGCCGAGGCAGCGCCAGCAUGCCAGGGUCCCCUGCAGGAGGGGGGGUCCACUCCCCGGCCUCAGUCAUACGCUACCGGGAAAUGAUGGCAACUUCAAAAGGGGCUCGGCUGGUCCCGGGGAGGAAGUCAAAGACAGAGAACAACCCUGGAGCAGCGAGGCGUAAAGCCAUGGUCAACAGAGAGAAACGCUUCACCUUUGUUUUGGCAGUGGUCAUAGGUGUCUUUGUGGUGUGCUGGUUCCCCUUCUUCUUCUCCUAUUCUCUGCAGGCAGUUUGCCCAGAGACGUGUGCCAUCCCUGAUCCACUGUUCACAUUUUUCUUCUGGAUCGGUUACUGCAACUCCUCACUUAAUCCAGUUAUAUAUACCAUUUUCAACAAAGACUUCAGAAAGGCCUUCAAAAAGAUAUUGUGCAGUGGCACCAAGGGUACGUUCUUUUAGCAUACAUAAUGUAUCAGCUGUACAUGACCUAGACACAAAAAAUGCUACUUCUGAGGCAUCAUAAAUCAAUCACUUACAUGUUUUCAGAACACUCAAAGGGCUGUUCCCAGCAUAGGAAUCAGAACUGAGAGCCACUCUUUUACAGCCACAGUGUGUGCAAACAGGCAACUUGGACUGUGAAAUCCCAGCUUGCAGCAGAUACGCACAAAUAUUUCAUGGUGUGGGAUGAAAACAGGACAUGGAACAGAGGCAGCACUAGAUACUUAACUGCUUCGCACUUCAGUAUUGCUGAUAAGAUUUUGAUUAAAAAGUUUAAUCUCCAGAUCACAUUGAAUAAUGGAGUACACUGGGACACAGGGUGCUGCAGAAUAAGAAAUGUACACACUCUAUAAAACUGUCAGAGGGAAGCAUGAAACCCGUUGAGAAUGAACUCCUGAAUGAGAAUAUAGACAGUUUAAUGUGUAAUAUAUAUUGUUUUGUCGUUAUUAAAUACUCCAGGACUAAUGGAGAAAGGAAGCAAAUAUAAAGAAGGAAAAGUGACCUUUGAGUUCUGUGAGCCUCAGGCCAUUUCUUUAUCAAUACUGAGCACAAGGAGCACACAAGGUUAGUGGUGAUUUAUUACGUCUGUAGUCUUAACUUGCCCAGCUGCAAGGCAAACAUGUGUUCCUCGAUUUUGAUCUAAAGGCGCAACAAGAGAAGGUUUCUGAAGACUUCAAAUAUGAUAGCACAGACAAUGACACCCUUUCAAACUGAACUUGUGGGUUUUCAUGAGGAAAGCCUGCACGUCAGACACCUAGCUGCUGGCUUGGUGUGGGUCCUAAUGGACACUCAGGUUGUUAGUAAUGACACUCUUGACUUUCCCCUUUCAUGACGUGCAGAACAAGAUAAAGUGUAGGGGAUUUUUCAAGAAAAACAUGUGUAUGUUAUUGAGAUGUAAGAGUAGGGCUGUAUGACCCUCCUCAUCCUCUUAGCUUGUUGUUUCCUGCUUUUCAUCUUGAUCUAGGCUGAUCACAACAAUAGACUGGAUCAAGCAAUUCUUCUAAUGAACACAAUGAGAUACAAUCAAACUGCUUUUAGCCUCUUGAAAGUGCUUCUGACGUUUUUCCUAGUAUCUAACUGGAGGUGCCUCUGGAGAAGACAUAUAGGAAUUUGAUUCCUAUUAUUCAACAUUACUUUAGAAAAACCUGAUUAAGCAGGGAGACAUUUACAUUCACUGUAAAGGACAUAGAAUGCAAUUAUGUAUGUGUAAUGUAACCACUAAUCACGCCUACAUGUUUUAUUCUGAGAACCAUUUGGCUGAGUCACUCUUUACAAACGCCUCUGGCACAUCAGCUGCAGUGGACCUCUACAUGGCACAUUUGGGUUUAUAGCUGAGAGGCAAGAGCAUGAAUGGUGCAUUUAUUUGUUCUCACCAUGGGACUGAGGCUCUGUCAGCUUUCAUGAUAAAAAAAAAAAAUGUAUCUGUGACUGUGAACAACACACAGGCUUAUUGACUCAAUGGGACAAGGGCUGUCAGCAGCAACACUUCAAUGUACUGAUUGUCUAAUACUGCUGACCUGUAUGAGUGUGUGUGUGUGUGUGUGUGUGUGUGUGUGUGUGUGUGUGUGUGUGUGUGUGUGUGUGUGUGUGCGCGCGUGUGUGUGUGUGUGUGUGUGUGUGUGUGUGUGUGUGUGUGUGUGUGUGUGUAUGCUUGUUCAUUUUUCGUUUUCUUUCUGUAGAGAGUGACAGUGCCUCUCCUGGCUGCUACUACUGUAAUAUUAGUAAAAAUAGAGACCAGAUGUCCUGGUGACGCCAUCACUUUGUGAAUGUUUCUACUUGAUUAACAGAUCAGUACUUAGCCAUGUUGAGAAAGUCUUAUCGAACUGAAAGUCAGUGUUUAUCAGUGAUAUGGAGUACAUGGCUGUUAGUAAUCACUCCCAAGGGACCAAAGAGCCUUAUAGGUCACCAGCCUGACUCUGUGAUAUCCGGCUCUGUGUUGCUUUAAAAAAGUAUUCCUUUAUAUUUAGUGUCUGUGUGAUGGGACACAAAGAUUGAAGAAACUGUAUAAUUUAUUUCAAAGUAUUUUGUGUUUUCUGUCUGUUACCUAUUUAUUGUUCUGUUACUGUGCUUUUAUUCUGAAAGUGAAACUGCUAUCAAAGAGCAAGAACACUGUACAGAUUUGUAAUAUCACGAAAAAGAACUAAAUUGAUUCAUGCCUUUGAGCUCUUGCUUUGUGGGGAUUGAGCUAUAUUUUAGCUUGGGUUGUAUGUAUUUGUGUUGAAUUGAAGGAAGUUGAACUUCGAGUUAUGUGCAUAAUGCAGAAUCUACAAUGCAAUGUUUGUCAUUGUUUCAUGUGGUGAUAGUAAAAUGUUAAAUCAAAGAUACAAGCACACUCAUGAAUGUACAAUUAAUCAUGCAUACUGCAGCAGGAAAUCUCUUUUAAAAGUAUUCAUCAAAAAGUGCUUGAAUAUGAAAAUAUCAUUAGCAACCGUAGACAUUUUCAGUUUGAUGAUUUGCAGAAUUUGUGCAGGACAUUAAUGCUACUAUCAAUAACAUACACAGCUGCUUGGAGAUCCAAAUAUCUGAUAAAACAAAAUGGAGGAAAGUGAGGGCUCCAUGCACUUAUACAACUGUUCCCUGCCUUCAUCCGAAACGCUUAGUUUCUCUCCAGAAAUACGACAACUAUAGCAACCCUUUUGUAACAAAAAUAGGCACAGAAGCCAUGAAUUCAUGGCCGCUUCGAAUAAAUAUGAGUUGCAAUGCUGCUCAAACCUUCCAACCAUGGCUUUAUGUGGUGAAACUUCUGCUUUGUUUGAUUUUGAAAAGUAUGAAUUAUUGCUUAAAGGUGACAGAUGCAGUAAUCUGCCUCAUGAUCACCAUCCCUCCCCUGAAACCGCCUGUAUUGUCUCUUAUUGCGUUUGGAUCAAAUAACAUGGUCUGAGCUUUACAAUCUUCUAUCCCCCAUCUGUCAUCAUCCCUCUCCAGUUUGGAAAUAAAGCUACUUGAAAAAG